AUGUUGCCUCCGGUACCCUCACUGUUGGAAUAUGGCAUGUCCCCGGAGACUGGAUUCCUGUCACCGGAGCCACCGCUGGAAGCUUUGCCAAAUCCUUAUUACCACAAGUGGGAGGCGAUUGCCGCAAACCUGCAACCCUUGCUCUUGAGUAAACGCGUCCGAGGUAUUGUGCAUCACUUACCCGUGCUGUCAACCAAGUACCUGCAAACAGAUGCCGAGUGGCGUCGGGCAUACGUUGUUCUGGUGUUUAUGUUACACAGCUAUGUAUGGGGUGGUGACCGUCCUGCCGAGAGAAUCCCUCCACAAUUGACAGUGCCUCUAUUCGAGGUCUGUGACCGCCUAGAGGUCCCCCCAGUAGCAACAUACGCUGGCGUGUGUCUCUGGAACUACAAACCAAUCUUCCCGGACGAACCAACCGACGACCUAGAUAACCUCGCCUGUCUCCAAACCUUCUCCGGAUCCAUAGAUGAACAAUGGUUCUAUCUUGUCUCAGUAGCCAUCGAGGCCCGCGGUGCCCCCUCAAUCCCCCUUAUGCUGGAGGCCAUCACUGCCGCCCGCGCCGGCAAAGCCCGUGUAGUAACCGAAUGCUUACAACGACUUGCCGAAAUAAUAGACGAGGUCAACUCUCUCCUACAACGCAUGUACGAUAAUUGCGACCCAUAUGUCUUUUACAACCGCAUCCGCCCCUAUCUUGCUGGCAGCAAGAACAUGACCGACGCAGGCCUACCAAACGGUCUUUUGUACGACGAUGGCCACAACGAGCCUGAGUACAGGCAGUACGGCGGAGGCAGUAAUGCCCAGAGCUCGCUGAUUCAGUUCUUCGACAUCGUGCUGGGUAUAGAGCACAGGCCAACGGGAGAGCCUCGCAAGGAGACUGAGAAUGCCUCACCAGACAGCCCCAAGUCCCGAAACGGGUUCAUUCACGAGAUGCGCUCGUACAUGCCUGGCCCGCACAGACGCUUCCUGGAACAUGUUGAUUCGAUUGCCAAUAUUCGAUCUUUUGUUGAGGCUCGACGUGCUGACCCGGCUCUUCGGUUGGCGUAUGAUACUUGUCUGGGCAUGUUGCGUGCCAUGCGUGACAAGCAUAUCCAGAUUGUCUCACGCUAUGUCAUUGUACAGGCGCACAGUGCUCGUCGAAAGACACAGGAAGCCCAGCCCAGCCAGCCUACGCCGCAGAAUUUGGCUACUGCGGCCCCGGCUGAUAACAAAAAGCUGCGGGGAACGGGGGGUACCGCACUUAUUCCGUUCCUGAAGCAAGCACGUGACGAGACGGGAGAGCCGGCCAUGGAUGCCUGGGCACGACGACUUCUUAGCAGCGGGCCUAAGGUUGCAGGAUCUGCGGCUCUGAGUAAAGUUGGCGAGCAUCCCGAUGGGCAUCUGGAGGUUGUUGGCCUCUGUGGCACAUGGACAGCCGAUGACAGCGAGGGAGGGAUCUGCAACUGGUGA